AUCGCUGAUAAUAUUGUUUUUGUUUUGUUUAUGUUUAUUGCGUUUUAUAUAUAAACCGCAAAUUGUUGGCUACCGUGCAAGCUGAUAUCUGGUUAAAGGAGUGCCAGGAAUGUACAUAGUUUCAGCCAUGUCCUGGCACAAAGUGAGCGAGGAUUUUAAUGCUGACACCGCUGAGAACUCCGUGGGAUCAACUGACUCGAAUGGGGAGGAUGGGCACAUCAUCGAAGAGCCCAUCGAGGCCACCGACUUAACCACGGAACCGAUGGCCUUCCUUCAGGGACUCAACUCGGGAAAUUUGAUGCAGUUCAGCCAGCAAUCGGUGCUGCGCGAGAUGAUGCUGCAGGAUUUCCAGAACCAAAGCAACAGUUUGCCCAAGCUGGAAAGCCACAAUAUUGGCGGCUACAAUUUCAGCAUGGUGCUAAAGGAGCCGCCCAAGUCGCACUGGGUGUACUCGCAUAUAACGAAAAAGCUCUACAUACGCAUGGACAAGACAUUCAAUAUUGAUGUGCAGUUCAAGGCGUUAAUGCCCAUACAGCCGCUCAAUCUGCGCGUCUUUCUUUGCUUCAAUAAAGACGUCAGCGGUCCGGUGCUGCGCUGUCAGAAUCACUUGAGCACAGAACCAGUUACCAAUCAGAAUCAGAAGAUGCGCGAGAGUUUGGUGCGCUGCGAGAACCCAAGCACCACGUACUGUGGCUCGGCCCAGGGCAAGGGCAUUUCGGAAAGAUAUUCGGUGCUGGUGCCGUUGAAUUUGUCCCGUUCGAGUAGUCGCAACGGCGGCUACGUGCGCCAGACGCUCGCCUUUAAGUUUGUCUGCCAGAACUCGUGCCUGGGCAGAAAGGAAACCAGCUUGCUCUUUUGCCUAGAGAACUCCAGUGGUGAUAUUUUGGCGCAGUAUGUUAUGGCUGUGAAAAUCUGCACGUGUCCGAAGCGGGAUUGCACUCAAGACGAACGCCACGCAAAUGUCAGAAAGCGCAAAUCGUUGGCCCCAUCGGACAUUGAGGAGGAUGCCGAUGUGAAGCCGGCGAAGGCACGUCGUCGUACCGUGUCGUACAAGCGCGAUGUGAAGGAUGAAACCGAGAGCAAUGACAGCCAUGACACGGAGCAGCAACUGCCCAUCGAUUGGCAGGUGUCGCGCACCCCAGACGGUGAAUACCGCCUGGCCAUAACGUGCCCCAAAAAGGAAUGGCUAUUGCAGAACAUCGAGGGCAUGAUCAAGGAGUCGGCUGCCCAAGUGCUACGCAGUCCGACCAAGCCCCAUCUGCGCAGCUAUGCCCACAAUUUGUUGGAGCUGAAAAAACGUGCCUUUGAUCUGCCAUGACCUGAUGCCUGGCUAAUGAAAGUCUGACAAUGGUCCAAGCGGAUAAGCUACUAUUUAAUUAUAAGUA